CAGCGGAAACAGGAAGUGCGAUCAGAAGUCUCUGGGAUGUGGUUGAGUACGGCGGUGGCAGCGAUUCUAGCCAUCUGUCUUGCUAUUUAUUACGAGCAGAGGAAACCAGUUGAUGACAGGUCGGGUUUCUCUUCAGAAAUUGUAUGACGUUUACAACUUUACUGUUGCGAAGUAUGUCCUCCGCUUUUCACCGUCAUGUCAUUUGGGAGUCACAGGGGCUUGUGGCCUACCUUCAUCCUCGACCGUGGACCCCCGGCUCAGUGAUCCUGGAGAGCAGCACUCCCAGUCGACCUGGAGGGAGCAUCUUCCAGCUGGAGGAGUCGGAGUAUCUGUCCUGGCUGCUGGGUGCCAGAGCCGUGGCUGCGCUGCUGUGUGACAGGCUGGCUGUCCAGAGAUGUGCGCUGGUCAGCAGACCUCACAAAGACGGGCCCGCUCAGAUUCGCAUCCUCCCUCUUCACGGUCUGGAUGCAGAGUGGCGCCCUCACCUCGCUGGAGAAGAGGAGCACAACGCCUACGACCCCGGUUACUGCACCUCCAAGACUGCAGCUCGAUGGAGUGACUCCAGCCUCACGGACAUCCAGACCAGGAUCCGAUCCAAACUCCCAUUCCAAGAUGCUCAACCUAAUCUCACUUUCCUUGGGGAUGAUCCCGCUCAUCCUGGGCUUUUUUCGCGCAUUGUCCGUGGGGAGGAGCAGCAUUGGAGGGUCUGGGAGGAUACAGAUCAUGUGGCUUUUCUCACCCCUUUCCCCAACUCCCCAGGCUUCACAGUGCUCGUCCCACGUCGACCUCUAACGUCCGACAUAUUCAAACUGGAAAAAAGCCAUUAUGAAGGGUUGGUGCUGGCUGCCAAGAAGGUGGCUGGUCUCCUUGAGGAGGGUUUGGGUGCCCGGGGGGUGGGGCUUAUUUUUGAAGGUUUUGAGAUUGAUUACGCUCAUGCCAAGUUGAUCCCACUUUUACCACGUCUAUCAGGGACAACAGAAAACCCCACUAAAUGCCAGCCUCCCCAGUUUCACCCCACUUAUCCUGGAUAUGUGACAUCAGAGGAUGGACCGGAGGCCAGCUCAGAAACUUUAGGAGAGAUGCACUGUAAAAUUAUUGAUGCAUAAUUCUGUUAGAAAUAAAUCUAUUGUGUUUUAAAAAAC